CGAGUCUGGGGCAGCGCAACUCAGCCCACGGGCCCUAAUCGAGGCUCGAGCCACGCCCCAAGUGGCCUCCAGGGGGCGCCGCUGCGAAGCCCGUGGUCGGACUCCCGAGAGCUCGCUAGUCGAUGGGCGGGCGCCCGCGCCUUUGUGCCCCCUGGUUCUGCGGGUUCGCCCCACCUCCCGGUGCUCGCGGCUGGCUUCUGCCCAGAGCAGCCCUGCAUCACACGUGUGCCGCUCACCGCCGCCUCAUGUCUCCCCCUGCCCGAGGUCCGACCCCCCAGUCCCAGGCAGGCCCAGUGUCCACAAGUCCACCUGCCCGGCUCCCCGGCUUGCUUGUGACGGUGGGUCUCCUCGUCCUGCUCCGGCCACGGCAGGUGCAGGGUUAAAGCCAGGAGAGGUUUUCCCGAGUCGGGGAGGGGGGUGGGGAGUAGGGGCGGACCCCGUCCAGCCCCGCCCCGCGCCGGAGCCAAGCGGGAGCCCCGCCGGAGCCCGGCCGCAGCCCCAGCCACAGCCCGCACCCGCAGCGCCGAACGGCGGACCCCACGCCCCGGAGGCGCCCGAGCCCGGGCCGGUGAAAGCAAGGUGUCUGGACCCGGCAGACUCCCCUUGUAGUCCUACCACCUUGCAGAGUGGAGGUGAGGCCGCAUCAUGGCCUUCACUAGGCCUGCGGCAUGACCAGAUAGCAUGGCCUGCCACUGGAGGUGAACACCAUGGCCACGGGAGGUGGCCGGGCCUUUGCCUGGCAGGUAUUCCCACCCAUGCCCACCUGCCGAGUGUAUGGCACCGUGGCAUACCAGGAUGGGCACCUGCUUGUGUUGGGGGGCUGUGGCCGUGCUGGAUUGCCACUGGACACUGCUGAGACACUGGACAUGGCUUCCCAUACAUGGCUGGCACUGGCCCCUCUACCCACGGCCCGGGCUGGUGCAGCUGCUGUGGUGUUGGGCAAGCAGGUGCUAGUGGUGGGCGGCGUGGAUGAGGGCCAGAGCCCCGUAGCUGCUGUGGAGGCCUUCCUGGCUGACGAGGGCCGCUGGGAGCGCCGUGCCACCCUCCCUCAGGCAGCCAUGGGGGUCGCGACUGUGGAGAGAGAUGGUAUGGUGUAUGCUCUGGGGGGAAUGGGUCCCGACACGGCUCCCCAGGCCCAGGUCCGGGUCUAUGAACCCCGUCGGGACUGCUGGCUCUCCCUACCCUCCAUGCCCACGCCCUGCUACGGGGCCUCUACCUUCCUGCACGGGAACAAGAUCUAUGUCCUAGGGGGCCGCCAAGGCAAGCUCCCAGUGACUGCUUUUGAGGCCUUUGAUCUGGAGGCCCGGACCUGGACCAGACACCCAAGCCUGCCCAGCCGCCGGGCCUUUGCUGGCUGUGCCAUGGCCGAAGGCAGCGUCUUUAGCCUGGGUGGCCUGCAGCAGCCUGGGCCCCACAAUUUCUACUCCCGCCCACACUUUGUCAACACUGUGGAGAUGUUCGACCUGGAGCACGGGUCCUGGACCAGACUGCCCCGCAGCCUGCGUAUGAAGGAUAAGAGGGCCGACUUUGUGGUUGGUUCUCUUGGAGGCCACAUCGUGGCCAUAGGGGGCCUUGGAAACCAACCAUGCCCUCUGGGCUCUGUGGAGGGUUUCAGCCUUGCCCGGCGGCGCUGGGAGGCACUACCUGCCAUACCCACGGCACGCUGCUCCUGUUCAAGUCUGCAAGCUGGGCCACGGCUGUUUGUUAUCGGGGGUGUGGCCCAGGGUCCCAGCCAAGCCGUGGAAGCACUGUGUCUUCGUGAUGGAGUCUGAAUGCCUGUCUGCUGGAGCAGUUCGGUACCACGGGCAGAUGUCUUUAGCUGCUCCUACUGCUAAGGAAGCUCACUGUGGCUCUGGGAUGGGAUAUGGGAGGUACAAGGGGGGGCACUGAAGAACCACCUCGGGGACCUGGGGGGCCCUUCGUCUUUAGCACAAGACACACAUAUGCUUACACCCACCUUUACCACCAUUCAUUCAUGACCAUUCCUGGCUCCGCCCUUGCUAUGGAACCUGCUGAGCCCUCUGUCCAGUUGGGAAGUAGGCUGACCUCCUGCCUCAUGUGAUCUCUUUUUCUGCCUGGAGUUGAACAGGACAAGGCCCACCUGUGGGGAUUCCUAGAGCAUCUAGAGUCCCCUCGGGACUCAGAAGCAUUCAAAGAGAGUGGAGGACACAAAGGGACUAAAGAAGUGGAUGCAGGAACUUCCAAAAGGCCAUGUUAGCUUUGGGCCCUGUGAACUUCUGGCUGUGACCUUGGGCAAGUCAUUUCACCUCUCUGUGCCUCAGCAUCCUCAUCUGUAAAUGGGGAUCUCUGAAACCUUAUGGCCCUACCUACCUCACAGGGCUGUUGUGAGGACCCAGGGAGUUCAGAUGUGGAAGUAAAGUGCUGCUAAUAUCUGC